GCACUCUCUCAUCUCUCCCCAGCAGAUCUUUACCUUGUGCCCCCCUGCCAAAAUCCAGACUCGGCUCUUCUCCUUCUUCCUCCUUCAAACAUCCGCUUUGCAAUGCCCAUACCCUCAACGCGCUGCUGAUUGUCUGCUGCGUUCUGGCUUUUGGCUUCAUCACAGAGCCGCUGAAGUGCCUCUGCUCUUCGCCCCUUUCUUUCCUCCCGCCAGCCUCACAGCCUCUCAGCGUUUAGUGCCUCGUGCCUCUCGCAUCUCCGACCGACAUUUCCGCGCCUCUGCACCCGCAGCUUUCCACGACACGCUGAGCACAGCUGCCGCGACCCAUUGCAACCUCGAGCCGUCUACAUUAUAACAGUCACAAUGGCGUCCUCCUCUUCCAACGUGGUCGGCGUUCACUACCGUGUCGGCAAGAAGAUCGGUGAGGGCUCGUUCGGUGUCAUCUUCGAAGGCACCAACUUGCUCAACAACCAGCAGGUCGCUAUUAAAUUCGAACCUCGCAAAAGCGAUGCCCCCCAGCUCCGAGAUGAAUACCGUACCUACAAGAUCCUCGUUGGCUAUCCUGGAAUCCCCAAUGUGUACUAUUUCGGACAGGAAGGUCUUCACAACAUCCUCGUCAUUGAUCUGCUCGGCCCUUCCCUGGAGGACCUUUUCGACCACUGCGGCCGCCGCUUCACUAUCAAGACCGUUGUUAUGGUAGCCAAGCAAAUGCUUUCGCGUGUCCAGACAAUUCACGAACGCAACUUGAUCUACCGCGAUAUCAAGCCUGACAACUUCCUGAUUGGUCGCCCAGGUACUAAGGCUUCUAGUGUGAUCCACGUUGUCGACUUCGGCAUGGCCAAGCAGUACCGAGACCCCAAGACCAAGCAGCACAUUCCCUACCGUGAGAGGAAGUCUCUGUCCGGAACCGCUCGUUAUAUGAGUAUCAACACACACUUGGGCCGCGAACAAUCGCGCCGUGAUGACCUCGAGGCUCUUGGUCAUGUCUUCAUGUACUUCCUGAGAGGAGGUUUGCCGUGGCAGGGUCUCAAGGCCGCCACAAACAAGCAAAAGUAUGAAAAGAUUGGAGAGAAGAAGCAGACCACCGCUAUCAAGGACCUUUGCGAAGGAUUCCCCGAGGAAUUCAACAAGUAUUUGACCUACGUACGAAACCUUGGAUUCGAGGAUACUCCCGACUACGACUACCUGCGCGAGCUUUUCACACAGGCUCUCAAGAAUGCCGGCGAAGUGGAAGACGGCGAAUACGACUGGAUGAAGAUUAGCAAGGAUUCGGGAAAGGGUUGGGACCCGAAGGGCCACUCCUACCUUCACAACCCGAAUGCACGACCUGGUCCCUCGCAAAUGGAGUUACACAGCGGUCAUCGUCCUGGGAAUACCACGGCUCAUCAGCAAGCACAGAAUCUUACUGUCGGCCGUUUAAACGCCGCCCAGCCUCCCCCUCCGUCCCCGAUCAAGCAGAUGGGGAGAGAUCAGAGAGAUCGUCCAAACGGGCAAGGUGGCUACUCAGGCCAGCGAAUUAGCACCGCCGGUGGUUUGCGUGAAAUGUCUACCCCAGCAGGCUCUACCCAGGCCCAGUUCCAGAACAGCGCUCAAAAUCUGCCUCAGCACAAGACUUCGCAACAGGCUCUCGGACAGGUUGGCCAAAGCAAUGAUCAGGUUGUGGAGCCACAACCUACUGGCUUCCAGAAGUUUAUGAAGACGAUUUGCUGCGGUUAGAUGCCCGCAGUGGGUUUGCGAGAGUGUGUUAUCCUGUACUGCUGUGGCCGAACGAUUGCCUCGCCAAAUUCGCACAGACAUACUCCACGCCUGAACGACAUGCAUUACAACUCUCCCACCAACGCACAUGACUUGCCCAGACAACAUAGACUUAUUGAGAUGGUUCGCCUCGAGCCUAUUUCUCUUGAGAGCAAGCGGGGGCGCCAGACCGAACAGCGAGAAGCUAAACAACGACACCGUGGUUGCUUCUCUAGCGCUGGUUUAAGAACGCAACAGCCCAAAUCAACAUCUGAUUUUUUCAUACUAUAGAUACUUUUCAGCGGAUACACACCUGAGCCGUCAUUUUUAUUGGCCCUCACUCAAAGGGCCAAAGGACGACUCAAAGCCAGUGCUGAUGCUUCGCUUUCCUUGGAUUUUCGUCAUCCUCACCACUGUUAUUUGAUUUCUUUUGAACGGCAUGGGCUUCAUUUUUCUUUCCUACCUUUCACGUCUGCAACGACUGCAUCUAUCACUACACUCAGUUACUGGGACAGCGACCUUCAGAAAUUUGUUGAUCUUUUGCGCCAGAACACGGGCGCAAAUGAUCUGGUCCCAUCGUCUACUCCUCCCACUUACCUUUUAUACGUCACCUUUUCUUUUAUGCUAUCAUAUAAUAAACUGCACCCCGGCAGCGCAAGGCAUCGCCUACAACACCGGCAACCAAAAUACACGUUUUGCCUAGGACCUGGGAACCUCGAAACUAGGAAGUUGAGCGGCGGAAUCUUGGUUGAGCGUGAGGUCACAUACACUCAGGAGUUUUAUUGGUAUGUUUUUGUAAUGGAAAUAACAAUUGCAAUUCAACACAAUGGGCGUCUUUUCGUAAAAUGUGACAAAUUAAUUUAAAUUAUGACCAGCCGUCUUGUAGACACAUGUAAUAAGUAUGUGUUUGUAUCCCCUAAAUGCAUCAUUAACCUCAUUUUUUCGUUCCUGCCGAAGGCGGCCGAGAGCUCUGGCUGGUCGCUUCAAGCCUCGGAACUCCCUUUAACAUUGCCUGCCAUUUUUGCAACACAAAACUCCAACCUAGAAUUAUACAUAUUUAUGUGAGCUUCUGCUUAAUAAAGAAAGAUCGCAGAUGCGACAGCUGCCAAGCGCAGGUGCCACCAAGAACAACAAGUUGAAUGAUAAUCCAGCGCACUACACGUCCGUUGGUUGAUUCGGAUUGAUCUCUGAACUCAGCCUCGCGUUCCUAUGUCUUGUUAGCUAAAUUGGCUUUUUGGGCAUGUGCUGCACACGUACACGCUGGAAAACUUGCUCGCGACGAAUAUCGUUCAAGCGGUUGGUCAAGUCCUUGACGCGGGUAGUAAUGUCAUCAAUCUUGCCCUUAUCGCUUCGCUCGAUGUCGCUGCUCUCACCAAUAACCAUGUCAAGACGAAGCUUGACACCGCCGUUGGGAUAGCUGGUGGAGAGCCAGCCGUGACGUCCAGAGGUUGAAGAGGGGGUGAAACAGAUCUUGUGGUCACCGGCCUCAGCAGCGGCAAAGUGGAAGCGCCCAGACGAUCCGCCCUUCUUGGAGACAACGCGGUGGUCGUUGUUGAAAACCUCCUAUAAAUCACAUUGUUAGCUUAUUCCAGGAUCGGCAUGGUUGGGGUAGCUCACGUCAACGGAGAUGAAGAUGUUCAAUCCCUGGUGUUGUUGCCAGGCGUUGGCACGGUCAUCGAACUCUUCCGCAGAGUAUUUGCCCGAUACAAGAGUACCCUUGGGCAAUUCCUCGUAGAAACAUUUGGACGAGGCGCCGUCGACGUAGAAGUACAAUGCCUGGGCCGUCGAGGCCAAGGCGAGCAAGGGUAGGAAACGCAUGUCGCAGGCCAAUGUAUGUACAAAAGCCUGAAUCGAGAGAUGUAGUAUCUGGCUUGAGUAAUAUGUCGCUUUUGAGGGUAACAAUCGAAUACUCGGUCGACGGUAGCUGGAGGUUGUACUAUAAGGGAUAGAAUCCUCGUGCUCGG